CAACAAGUUUAUUUAUCAAUAUGCGCGCCUUCUCUACCAUCUUCAUUGCUGCUGUCUUAGCUCUCUCUGCCAAUGCUGCUGCCGUUGACAAACGUGCCGUUUCCACUGCUGCAGCUCUUUGUAUUGCUGACCUUACUUCCGUUUCUGAACAACUUACCAUUGUUAAGACUGCUGUUGAUGCAUUCGUUUCUUCCGCUGGUUAUAGUGGCGCAACUGCUAUUCAUGACAAGGGAACUGAACUCGAAGCACGUAUUGUCAAGGCCACUACUGAUUGUAACACCAUCACUGCCCCUUCAAACGUUGAGGAUACUACUGCUAUUCUUGCCAAUGUUGGUACACUCGUUCCUAAGGUUACUGGUUCUUUGAACUCCAUUGUCAGCAAGAAGUCUCAAUUUGCUGCCAUUCCUUUCGCCACCAUCAUCGUCAAGACUGACAUCAAGAACUUGGAUACCAAGACUGCUGCCUUGAACGCCGUUUUGAUUUCCAAGGUCCCUACCACCCCCACAUCUUACUUGGACACUGCCAAUGGUUAUGUCGCCGAAAUCAACGCUGGAUUCUCCGCUGCCAAGUCUGCUUAUGGCAUCUAAAUCCUACCACCAUGUCAUUCCCAUUGACUUUUUUUUUUUUUUUUUUUUUUUUUUUCACAAAAACAAACAUUCAAUAAACAUCUUUUUUAAAUAUUAUUCCUCUCUUUCGAAUGGUAUGUAGGUUUUUUUUUGAAAAAAAUAAAGUAAUGGUUAAGUGUUUC